UGAGAAGAAAAGAACAGUGUGGCUAUCAACUUGUCAGAUGUUAAAAGAGUAUUUGCCAGACCUGAGAUGCAACAAGUGAAUAAUCAAGGUAAUGUUUGCCAUCAUUUUAAAUGUCUUUCUUUGUAUUCCACAUGUCCAUUCUAUAUGGGCCUGUGUCCGCUCCUGUCCUGCCAACUGUGUGUGCACCCAAGAAAGGAGUUGCUCCAUCCUGUGCGAUCGUGCUGGUCUCACACAGAUCCCCAGUGAGUUCCCUUGUGAAGCCUACUCUAUCAACCUGGACAAAAAUAGCAUUAAAUUCCUCUCUGAGAGGGCAUUUGGUACUCUACCUUCCCUGAAAUCUCUUUCAUUAAACCACAACAACAUUUCCUUCAUCACUCCGGGAGCUUUCAAAGGGCUGGCCAGCCUGACUGAGCUAAAAAUGGCCCAUAAUGAAUACAUUCGCUAUUUGCAUACUAGGACAUUUAUUUCACUCAAGAGAUUAAUUAGACUGGACUUAGCAGACUGCAACCUUUUCAACAUCCCUGACAGAAUUUUUAUUGAGCUUCCAGCCCUUCGGGAACUCUUUUGUUUUCAGAACAACUUCCGAAGGAUUCCAGGAGCUAUAAGAGGGAUGGAGAAUCUCACCCAUGUUUACUUGGAGAAAAACAAGAUAGAAGCUGUGGCUUAUAAUUCUCUUCUGGGUUUGACACGUCUAAAAUAUCUCAACCUCCAGGACAACAGAAUAAACGUAAUUCAUGACGGAGCUUUUCAGAACUGCCAGCAAAUGGAGUAUCUUUAUUUAAAUGACAACUUCAUCAGUGAUCUCCCUGAGUACUCAUUUGAUGGUCUGAAGCAUCUGAAGAUGCUUAAUAUUGGUGGAAACUUGCUCAGGAAUGUCUCUAAUACCUGGUUCCGGGAUCAGCUUGAACUGGAAGUUUUGUACCUGGACAGAAACCGAAUCAGCUAUAUUGAGGAAGGGGCUUUUGAAAAUCUUACAAGUUUGGUUUCUUUGCACUUAAACAGCAACAACCUAACCACCUUGCCUUUCUCAGUUUUCCAACCUGUUUACUUCCUUGGAAGACUCUACCUUUUCCGGAACCCGUGGGAGUGUGAUUGCAGGAUUGAGUGGCUGAAAGAAUGGAUGGAAAAUUACAGACUUGUCAGAGAUAUUCCUUGUACCUCUCCUUCCUCUGUAGCUGGUCUUGAUUUGACUAAUGUUUAUUUUGAGAGAACAGCUGAGGGUUUCUGCCUUGACCCAGAGGAAUUAAAUGUUACAUCAUAUAGUCCUUUUCCUACUGGAGAACUUCAGUCUACUACAGAGAACAGGUUCAACAGCCUUAUUUCCAAACUUUUACUCCAGAAGGGCCUUUCGGAAGAGGUGGGGAACACCACAGAAGCAUUCACCAACACUACUUUGUUAUAUGGAUUGACUAAUAAGGUUUCUUUAGGACUCGGGGAAUGUCACAUCAAACUACUCCAUAUUUUUACUAUUUUUAUAUGCAUUAUAGUUUAUAUAUAGAUAAAUAAGCUGAUAAAAGUCUAAUGCUAGUCAAGAAAGUAGCAUUUGAACAAGAGAAAAGUCUACACUAACACCAGUAGAGUUCAAAUUUGUCAGGGUGGGAAGGCCUCUGCGGUUUAAUGCAUGAUUUACAGAGCAUUUCUAAGUAGUUAUAUCCUUCUAAGUUCACUGACUUCAAUGGGCUUAACAGUGUAUAACUCUGUUUACAAUCAUACUGCAAGUCUAGGUCCAUCUUUUAUAAUAGAUUCAGGUUCCCAGAAACAGCACCCUUUUCUGAAGCAUCAUAGGAUUUAAUAUUUGAUAGCCUAACAGUGUGAUCCUAAGCAGUUACACCCUUCUAAGCCCAUUAACUUCUGUAGACUUAGCAGAAUGCAAUUUUGCCUAAGGUUUCACUGUAGCAAACCGAGCAAGCCUGAUACCUGUCAUUAUCCCAUGAGAGUGACAUCAAGAUCAAUCAACCGCAGAGAAUUUGAUCCACAUUACAUUUAUAUGACAGAAGAAAGGUAACCAGUGCUACAGUUGGCCCUAUUUGUUUUUUGUGUUUUACAAAAACAAGAAAAGAGGGUAAAAGAGCAGACUGGUGACUAUUAGGAAGGUUUGAGAUAGGGAUUUUGUUGUUCACUUGAUCUUACAUGAUAAAUUUUAUAUCAUACCCUAACUCACAACUCUAGUGAGAUUGUUAGUGGUCACAGGGCUAGCACUAUAACACUUAUCUUGUAAUUCUCCCCAGAGAAAGAUAAGGUAAUGAAAACAUUGUCUGCCUUCACUUAACUCUUUCUUGUGGGGAGGGGGUAGAAUUCCACUUGAGCUGUACCCAAAUAAAAAUGUAAGAUAAUGAA